AAAAGGUGAACAACGCGGAAGCAAAGAAAAGCUGCACGAGAGGAGCUUCGGGAGCGAUUGAGAUUGUAUGCAGCUGGACGGACAACAACAACACGUUCACGAUGGGCCUGUGUCACGGCCUCUCCCACUGUAAACUGGCUCUGGCCUUCGCUGUGUUGAUGGAUCUACUGGGAGGAGCCGCUCUGCUGGUGGGAGUCUUCGCCCCCCUGGAGAUCAAAGGGCGGGACUUUGGAGACUUGCUGGUCUAUACUGGAGCUCUGUUCGUGCUCAUGUCUCUGGCCGGGUGGGUGUUGUGGUACAGCGGAAACAUCGACGGUCUGACCUCCAAGAGGGAGCUCGGACACAUCAGCAGCGCCGUCGACCGGCUGGCUCGCAACAUCAGCCGCAAGAUCCGCACGUACAGGGGCCACCUGUGAGCCAACGGACAGGAAGUCUGACUACCUUUCAGUAUAAAAGUCUGCUGCCUCCUGUGUUCGUCAGUGUUAGUAUGAGAUACAGACACUGAAUCAAACUCCUAGUGUUACACCUCAGAAUCAUUUCACUCACCGCUCUGUUACAUGAUGUUGAUGUUUUAUUAUCAAUAGUAUUUUUUAGUGUUUAUAUCUGGUCUCUUGUUGGAUUUCAAUAAAUGCAUUUGCACUAUAAAUAUCUGUUUUUUAUUACAUUUUCAACCAUUUAAGAUGAAUUCUCUAUUUACAAACAAUAUAG